UCUUAAAUAUUUCUGUUUGAGUACGACUUUACAUAUGCCAACUGUCAAAACACAGUGGUGACAACUCAAGAUAAAAUCGAUGCCGCCAAAUAGAAAAAUUUCUGAACAGAAAAACGAAGUUCACAGCAAAGCAGCGUUUGUCAGAAAACUAACGGAAAACGAAGUUUACAAUCCAACGGCGUGUGUAAAGCAGCGCGUUGCAAAUCUGUAAUAAUUGUAUAUUAUCUAAGUACUUUAAUAAAGCCACAUUAGAAGUGAAUAUUCUGAUUGUUGCCGAGAGUAAAAAAUAUUUACUUCGCAAAGGAAAAAGAACCUUGGUUCUUAAUAUAUUUGUUUUGUAUUUUAAAGUACAGAAAUCUUGUAUUGGCGAAAGUAUAAAUUAAACGCCAUGCCGCGUACCAAAAUAUCCAAGACAACAAAGCGCAACCGUGAAGCUGCUCAUCGUGAAGAAAAAAUUCGUGAUUAUGAAUCAUCGGUGGAUUCGGGACUGAUAGCUAUAGAUACAAAGGGAAUGGAGUUUGUUAGUGAUCUAGAGAAUGCCAUGAAAAUGCUUAUAGAUCGUACAAGUCGCCAGUUAUUGAAAAUGAAGUUUGGAGAUUUUAUGGCCUUGAAUCUGAAAUCUUUCAAUGAUUAUUCCGAAAAUACCAGUUCACUUGAAAAUAUAAAUGCAUCAAAAUCCAUGUGCAAUAGCGCCACGCAAAUGCGGACUUUAAAAGUGCCCAGUAUGAAUGACGAAGAGGGCUAUUUUACAGAGGACAGCACACGCAGUAGUUAUCUUGGAACUGGUGCAUUAACUGCUUAUUUGAGCGUUCCUCGUAAUACAUUACAGCAGCAAAAUUCGCAGCGCGGUCGUACACCCGGUCCACUAAGCUCAGCGCGUGCUCGUAAGCCUCGACGAUCUCGCUCAGCCUGUAAUAUGCAGGGUUCAGCUAUUAAGCCGAAGUUGAGCGCAAUGUCAGAUCAUGCAUCUCGCAGUAAAAUGCGUACGCCAAUAGCAUCACGUUCGAAAGCAUUAAGCGCCGAUCGCACAGUUAACUCCUACCAAUCACCAAAGUCACCGCCUACAGCAUUUAUGCGCUGGCCAAAACCGGGAGAAAUGGUGUUAUCCGUCUGCGGAAGUCCAGUAGUAGCGCAAGUUAUGCCAGAUAAGUUUGCCAAUGUCAAUAUUCCAGUAAAAAAUGGCGUACUGUCUUUGCGGCCCAAAAAAUUAAAUGAACUGAAACCAGACAUUGUGGAAGCAAUUGAUCCUGAAACGCUUGAUCAAAUUAAGACACUUCACGCAAAUCUUAACGUUAUAAUGAAUAUGGCAAACAAAGCCAUGAAAUAA